GUUGGGUGUGUGUUGGAGUAUUUAAAACCCAAACCCAAACCCACAAAGCUACUAACCAUUCAGGAAUUCCCCAAACGCUCCCAACCAUACAAAAAUGGUGGCCUGGAUUUUGUGUUCCUUCUUGUUUCUACUGGGUUUAAGGGCGGCGGUGGUUCUGUGGUGGCGGCCGAGGAAAAUAGAACACCAUUUCUGCCGCCAAGGAAUCAGAGGCCCUCCCUACCGUUUCUUCAUCGGAAAUGUUAAGGAAAUUGUCGGAAUGAUGAUUAAAGCUUCCUCCGAUCACUCUUUUCCUAAUUCUUCUCAUAAUAUUCUUCCUCGUGUUCUUCCUUUUUACCAUCACUGGAAGAAGAUUUACGGGUCAAAAUUUCUAGUGUGGUUCGGACCAACGGUGAGAUUGGCAGUGUCUGAUCCAGACCUGAUUCGAGAAAUCUUCACAUCAAAAUCAGAAUUCUGCGAGAAAAACGAACCUCACCCACUCGUUAAACAGCUUGAAGGCGAUGGCCUCCUCAGCCUCAAAGGCCAAAAAUGGGCUCUUCAUCGCAAGAUCAUCUCUCCCUCUUUCCACAUGGACAACCUCAAAUUGUUGAUUCCAGUGAUGGCAAAAAGUGUUGUGGAAAUGUUGGAGAAAUGGUCGGCAAUGUUAGCAGAUUCCGGCGAGGUGGAAAUUGAAGUGUCGGAAUGGUUCCAAACCCUAACGGAAGAUGUCAUCACUAGAACCGCCUUUGGCUCAAGCUAUGAAGAUGGAAAAGCCAUUUUUCGAUUACAAGCUCAACAAAUGGUCCUUGCUUCUCAAGCCUUUGACAAAGUUUACAUCCCUGGUUACAGAUUCUUACCCACGAGAACGAACGUGAACUCAUGGCGAUUGGAUAGAGAAAUAAGAAAAUCGUUGAUGAAAUUGAUCGACCGACGACAUGAAAAUUCGAUCGAGUCGAGCUCGAAGGAUUUAUUAGGGUUGAUGAUUCGAGCAUCCAAGUCUUCUCCUUCAUCUACGAUCACUGUUAAUGACAUUGUUGAAGAGUGCAAGGGGUUUUUCUUUGCUGGCAAACAGACCACAUCUAAUUUGCUGACGUGGACAAUGAUCCUCGUGGCAAUGCACCCACAAUGGCAGAUACAGGCACGUGAUGAGGUACUAAGUGUGUGUGGAGCACGUGACGUACCCUCCAAAGAUGAUGUUACAAAGCUCAAAACGUUGAGUAUGAUUAUCAAUGAAUCCUUACGGUUAUAUCCGCCGACAGUGGCAACUAUUCGACAAGCGAAAGCUGAUGUGGAGUUUGGUGGUUACAUGAUUCCACGUGGCACUGAGUUAUUGAUUCCAAUUUUGGCUGUUCAUCAUGAUCAAACGAUAUGGGGCAAUGAUGUGAACGAGUUCAAUCCAGGGCGAUUUGCAGAAGGUGUGGCAAAGGCAGCCAACCAUCGGGUUGGAUUCAUUCCAUUUGGGCUUGGAGCUCGGACCUGUAUAGGCCAAAACUUAGCUAUAUUACAAGCAAAGUUAGCUCUCGCACUCAUUCUUCAAAAGUUUUCUUUUCGAUUGGGUCCCUCUUAUCAACACUCACCAGCAGUUCAGAUGUUACUUUAUCCACGAUAUGGUGCACCUAUUAUCUUCGAGAAGUUAUCCACUUCAUUGCUCCAUCAAGAUCAACAGUCAUGA